AUGGCCGCUAGGACGGAGCCUUGGGUUUGCGUGUUUGGAUCGAAUUUAUUCCAUCAACUGGACCCGGAUGAUAGGACGAACUCAACGAAGAAAAUUGGACAUCCAAGAAACUUGAAGGACACGAGGAUUCCAAGUGAGACAUCGGUAGAAGUUCUUCUUGUGACCGAUUCACAAACCCUGGUUCACUAUUACAAGUCGGGCGAAAGCACUUCAGAAUCAAGUUACCUGGAAAUUUGGGGCUUUGACGGCGAAAAUCAAUCAAGCGUCAAAAAUAUUCGAAUACAACAUCCGGUCGAUCAAGUAAAACAAUGGCUUGGGACGACCACAAUUCUGGGUUAUCUCGCAAAAGACGGAACGAUCAACCCGUUCAAUUUGAUGAAGGCCCAAGCUUCGAAUGAGUCUCCAGAAAGAAUUAACUUUAAUUUAAUAGGCAACUCCCCGCGCUAUCAAGCCGUUACGAUCAGUGACAAUGGAGAAGUCUUGGCCGCCUUGUCAGCUGAAGGUAGUCGGACGUUCGAUUUGAAAACAGAAAAGCAACUAUCUCAUCAUCUCGAACUGUGGCCAGGUUUUCAAGAGCUACUAGACUUUUGUCAUGAUGGCGUCAAACCCAAUUCUAACCCGAAAUCCAUCAAGUUGGAAAGCUCCCUGCUGGGGCAGACGGAAAUACAACUUUCCUCGGGUGCUUCACACUUCCUUAUACUAACUCACACGCCCUCCACGCUGAAUCAUCGACCGGAAAAUGAUGAUCCCGAUUACCAUUCCACCUUGUAUACUUUUGGCGAUAACAGGUUCGGCCAACUAGGAAUUGGAUCUCGUUCGGUUUCAGUUGAUGAACCUCAGAGGAUCGAAAAUCUUCCAGCUCUAUCAAGCAUCGAUUGCGGCUUAUUCCACAGUCUGGCCCUGGGUAAAGGUGGCGAACUUUACACUUUUGGUCACAAUCGAAAAGGCCAAUGUGGUGUCGGGAGCUCAAAGAUUGACACAACAACUCCUAUCUUGAUUGAUCUUGGAGGAAAUGGGGAGGCUGGCGACAUUAUCGACGUGAUUGACGCCCGCUGUGGAAGUGAACAUACUGUGGUACUGGCUUCUUCUGGAGUCUGGGUAACAGGUUCAAAUGCUCUUGGUCAAUUAGGAAUGAAACACUCAGGCUCCCACUUUGAAUUCCAGCGGAACAAAAACGUCCCAACGGAAUAUCACGAAAACAUGUCGACAGCGUUGAACAUUCAAACUGGCCGGUGGAACACUUUGGUUUGGAGGAACUCAUGA